AUGACAGAUGAAGAAAUAGGUGCACGAGAAACAAAUAACCAAGAGGAGCUUCGGAAGUGGCCCCGCACCCUGCAAAACGAAGAGAUGUAUGACGAUAUGCACUGCAAUAACUGCUUCGUACAAGCUCAUGGCCGACAGGAGCUCGGAAAGCUCUAUAUCCCUUUUCUCGAGCAGCGUAUUGGGCGCCAGAAGGUGCAGCUGGUACAGGGCAUAGAUGAGAAAAUGGACAACCUCUCGAGAAACUCGUUCGAAUGUCCCAACAAAUGGACACAUGAGAUAUAUAACAUAACAGAUGGAUAUUCUGAGAUAUGGAGAGCCAGUGAAACCAGCGAUGAGUUUUACUCGAUGGGGGUCUUAUCUUGUUACAAGGCCUUGAUCAAUUUUUUGAGCCGGACGAAGAAUGCGGGGAAGAACAACAAUUGUCGCAAUUGGCACGGGAUGGAGGGUCAGAUGGACGGUAUGCGAAAGGAUUAUGAUCAUAGGCUGGUCCAGUUGGAAUGGAUCAAAGACAUUAUUCUUCAAGUCAAAGAGCCGGGGAAUGUCGAGAAGACGGCCGAGUGGGCUCUAGGUGAUACUACGAGACUUCUAUAUUUCUAG